UCUUCCAACAGGAACAACGUUAAACGAAGUUUGUAACCCGGAUUAAAAGUGAUUUAUCGACAAGCAAAUUAGAGCAAACAUAUUAUCAGAGUAAUAUUAUUCUUAUUUGAGAACAACUAUCAGGUUAUAAUUACAGAAAAGAUGGCGCAAACAAUGAAGGUUAUGGUUUGCCUAACUUUAGUCGGAGUUGUCCUAGCUGUUCCAUUGAAUAAUGAAACGAAGCAAAAACAAAGUGUAGAAAGUGCAGUUGGAGCGAUAGACCAUGAUCCAGCGAUCAAUACAAAUGUGUUCUCGGAGUUGACUGACCAGACCCCAUCCAGAUCGAAACGAGCCAUCAUCUUCCGGCCUCUGUUCGUGUACCGCCAGCAGGAAAUUAAGAAACAACGACUUCAGGCCAUGCGACAAGAACAACAACAACAAACUGCUCAAGCUAAACCUGCUCAAAACCCAAGGCCAAGUUAUGCUUCUGCUUAUCCCUAUCUGAGAAGGGUUUAAGCCAAACCGUUUUCGAGUUCUUUCAACGUUUUGAACAUCAUUAACAAAAAGUUCGAAAAAGUACCUCUACACACCAACAACAAACAGGGAUAGAAUUUUCUAGUAGCUCUCGAUUCGUUCAGAAUUGGCUACGCAGCACGACCGGAUGACAUCUCUAGGUGAUAACUAAGCGAUCGAAUAGAAUCGAUCGAGAGUGUGAAUUGAAGCCAAAAUUUGCCACCAAGAGCAAAUUUGCACCCCUAUGUGAUAAAUGCUGCCGGGCUCGUGGAGAAAAGUUAUUUAUUUAUCUAUUUUUUAGAUGAACUUUAUUUAGCUCGUCUCUAGUGUAAUGCAAGACAGUUGUAAAAAUGUAGAU